GGAAGGCUGUAUUGAACCUUUGUAAUGCUGUUUCUCCAGUUUUCCAGUGCUUUUUCAGCUUCAAUUUUAUCUUUGCAACCACCAGUUGGUAGUGGUGAUCUAAAAGCUAUGUCAGCUCCUCUUCUGGUUCUCACGUUUUCCAUUGAUCUUCUGGAUUUUUUAGUGAUGCAAAUAUGAUCGAUCCUUUUAGGGAUGUGGAAUUCCGAAACAUAACCUAUGAGGAUGAAAAUCGAUAUACAUUUCAAAAUGAACUGAAAGUGGAUACACUUCUAAUUCUACUGAGAGAAACUACACUUCCUGCUCAAGUUGGAAAGACAACGAAUUCAGAUUUAAUCCAAAUAAAAUUUUAUCUAUAAUAUAGACAUAAAAGUCAUUAUUCUGGAGUUACUGAUAAACCUAGUACAAUUUAGUAACUGUUUACAAGUUUUGGAUUGUAUUCAUUGUGGGCAUUAAAUAUGUUAACAGACCACCCUAAAUUAAAACUGAUUGAACCGGAACUUAAACUUUUGACACCAAAUUAAUGCCCUUAACUAACCAGUUCCAUAGUGAUCACUCUAGACUGGUUUUACUUGUAAUUGAUUAGGAGUCAUUAUACUUCAAAACUAAUCAGUAACUUUUGCUUUGGACAAAACCAAAGGGAGUUAUUUACGUAAUAUUCAGUGACUUACUAUUUCAUGUCUAUCCUUUAGUUCAACCCUGUAUGUCGUUUUAAAAGAAUAAUCGGAUCAGUAAUGCUGAGACUAGGCACAACUUUUCAUUUAACUGUGCUAAGCUGUGGACCUUCAUUGUUUGAUAUGGUUUGGGACACAUUACUGACGGGUAGCCACCAUCUACUUUGACGUUUUGAUCUGCCUAGCAUAUGAGUAAACUUGGAAGGACUAAAUGUGAUCAAAUAUGACCUUGAUUUGUUAGGUUGGACUUUACUAUGUUGGGGUGUAUUGUAUUUUGCACUUGCUCUAUUAAUUGGAAGUGUCUUAACAACUUUGAUUGAUGGGAAUUUAUUCUGUUUUUUAACCAUUGGUUAAUUUGAAAAUGCAGGAUUCAUUGACUAACUAGUAAUCUUUUUUUUUUCAAAUGAAAGUUACAGACGUUUCUUGUUCGAAUUAAUGAUGAAGUAUCCGUGAAUUGUGUGUAAACUUGAGAGAAAAUGAGUAAAAAUAAAGUUCGCCAACAUUCUAGUCGUCGUAAAAAGUACAAAGAAGUAGUUCAAUCGCGUGUAAACAGUAAAACUCCUGUUCAAUAUACUCGUCGAUUAAAAACAAAAAAGCAUAAAAAGUUAAAAAAUGUUGGCUCGAAUAAUUCAAAUUUAGAAAUAUACAAUCGUCCACCUAAAGCAAAUGAUGAAGAUUAUGUUCCAGCAAGCUUUAAACAAAUGUUACUUAUGAAAGAGGGUAAAUGGAAACCUUUACUUGAUCCAGCUGUUGGAGAUACUAAAGGUAAACAUGAAUCAGAUGCCCAUUAUUUGGGACGACUUCAUAAAGAAGUUGAAGAUGAAUUGAGUAAAGUGGAAUUCUCCAAGAAACAACGAACUGAACUUGUUCCUAUUACAGAAGUUAAACCAAGCAAAAAGAAACGUAAAGCUAUAAAACGUUUAAAUGAUAAAAGAAAAGAAAAACGUUUACAUGCUGUUGAAAAACGAUUGACAGGUUUUGAACACUUACAAGAUAAAGUGAAAUUCAAUGAAGUCGUUAUGGCGCCUCCCGUACAUUUGACUAAACCUAAAAUGGUAUUUAAGAAAAAACUAGAUCAAGUACACAGUUUAGACAAAUUAUUAACAACGUAAAUACAACUUCAUCCUUUGUACAUCUAUACUAAUUUCUAUUAAAUAAAUAAAGAGAAUUAUUAAUACAUACUCAACUG